GCAAGCGUCAGCACUCCAUGCGUUAAAAGGGCAGAUGGUAACGGCGGGUAACUGAGGAGCAAAGCACUCUGCUCGCCGCGCUGCCAAAGAUCAGCGCAGAGCGAGCCAGCCUCUCAACACAUGCAGCCGGAGCAUCUCGCAGGAAGCUGGAGAAAACACAAGACCACCAGCAUGCUCACAAUCCCUCUUCUUCUAUCAUGCCACGCUGACAGGACACAGCAGCAGUAGGUGAGGAAAAGUGUCGAAGGAGGAGGAGCGGGAGCUGAGAUUGCAGCAGGCAAACGGGGUGAGUCGGUGACAACAUUUGGGAGAGACCGAUGAAUGAAAGAUGGGGCGCAAAGUCGGCGGGAAGAAGAGAAGGAGGCGCAUUUAGGACAAGAAACGAGUGAAAUAUUUCAAGGAGAAACUUGCGGAAAGAGAAUUCAUCAGCAGAAGCAGCGGCAGUAAGAGGGGAACUCUCGUCUUCUUUUUUGUGUUUGAUGGCACUCGAGUAGGACGAGGUCGAGGAGGAGGACGCGUUCCGCUCGCAGUACAAGUCCGGGAAAAGUGUGCGAGGAGCUUCCAAUGGCGUGCUACUACAUCGUGAUCAGCUCCACCCACCUGCGUGACGGACAGCUGAGGAGCAUCAAAGGGGUGUUCCGAGGACCAAUCGGAGCCGACGGACACAAAAACAAUAAAACGGAUGAGGGCGCCACCCGUCUGUACUGCGAGCUGUGCGACAAACAAUACGUGCGACACCAGCAGUUCGACAACCACAUCAACUCCUACGACCAUCACCACAAGCAGCGUCUGAAGGAGCUGAAGCAUCGCGAGUUCUACCGAGCGUUGGCCUGCAGGAGGCAGCGGAGGCGAAGGGAGGAGCGCAGGGAGGAGCGCUUGCUGAGGAAGAGGCUCCAGCAUCAUCAUCAUCAUCAUCAUGAGGAGGAGAAAACACAAGAGCGAUGCGCUCCGGGUUCGGGCCCCAUGUUCCGCUCCACCACCGUGGCGGUGGAGCCGGCGAGCGCGAUGGAGAAGUGGAGCGACGUGCACGCCGACAGCAGCGACGCCGUCGGAGCUCCGGGGAGAGAUCCUCAAAGCUCACUGCUCCUUCCUCUGGACGCCGCACCGGGAAGCCGACUCAUGAGCGACACGCGGUGGCUGGACGAUAACGCCGUUCCGUCCGGCGACGUCACGAGCAAAAACGCCGAUACCGGCCAAAGCGGCGCCUUUAACAAGCUCCCUUGGGCCCCCAGUUUCUUAAGCGACACCAUUCGAGCCAAUAACAUCCACCCUAAAGCCUCCCUCGCCAGCAGGGGGCGCCCCGUUUGCUUCUCUCUGCCUAAAAGGAGCUGCGUUCUGCUGCACCAAUCGGCCGCCGUCUUUAUCCAAGCUGGGCGGAGUUCGCGAGACGGCCAAAAGACGACCCAAGAAGUGGACGGGAAAGUCGCACCGCAGCGGGUCUCGGCUGCACCGUGGGGCCGCGCUUUGGCCAGAGAACUGGAUGACAAGAUGAACGCCGCCUCGUCUUUAUGUAACCGCCACCACGGGACCGGCGCCCAAGUCCGCGUGGGAGGUGGGACGGGUGCCCGAGACGCCGGUGUCAGUAUGAAUAGAGCUGCAGUGGUUGGUAGACGUGUGACAGAAGCCCAAGAUGGAGGUGGAAGUGGGCUUGGAGCCAAAGUUAGUAUCGGAUAUGGAACCGAAGAUGGAGCCCAAGUAGCCGGCCAAAGUGGGACAGGAAACCAAACCAAAGUAGAAGGUAGGACAAGAGCCCUGAAUAAUGGUCGAAGUCGAACUGGGGCCCAAGUUACUGGAACACAAACAACCGGUAGAAGUGGGACUGGAGCUGAAGAUGGGCGUGGAAGUAGAACUGUUGCCCAAGACAUUGGUGACUAUGGAGCUGGAGCCCCAAUCAAUGCAGAAGGUAGUACCAGAGCCCAGGGCUGCGGUCAAUCUGUGACUAGAACUGGAGUCACUCAAGAUAGUGCCGGAAGUAAGACUGGAGACCGAAUAAUAGGUCAAAGUGUCACGGGAGCCCAAAUCAAGGUGGGAGGUAGUACCAGCGCCCAGCACAAUGGUAGGUGUGGAACUGGAGCCGAAGUUAGUCCUGGACUUGAGACUAGAGCCAUCCAAGAUAGUAGUGGAAUCAGGAAUGAAGGCCAAGUUACUUGUCAAAGUGGGCUAGGAGCCCAAUUCUUUCUAAGCUGUGGCACUCGAGCCCAAGAUCAAGGUGGAGCCCAAGUCAUCGUUGGUUGUGGGGCUGGAACUGUCAAAGAUAGCGGUGAUAGUGGGGUUGGAACCCAACCAGCUAAUGAAGGUGGGACUGGAUCUGAUCAUCACGUGACCAGCAAGGUUCCAGUACUACUACCACCCACUUUGGCGUGUCCAACUUCUGGCUUUGAAACCUCUGACAAAGCUGAUUUUGUUCAAAAGCUACAUUGUCCCACUCCCGCUGAGAUCCAACAAGCAGGAUUUGUGAACCGAGCCAAAGACGUGGGUCAAAAACAAUCGCCUAGUUCUCCUUCGGGUCGGCCCGAGGAGCCUUUUUGUCCUGUCCUGAGCCGCGACGGCGGCCGCGUGCUGCUGUGGCCCUCGGAGAUGGUCCGCUACACCGCCAAGCUGUCGCCCUCGCUCUCCUACAGCGUCAACCCGCUGCUGUACGACUUCCGAGCGCACGCGGGCGGCCGUAGGGAAGCGGGGAGGAGAAUAAAGCCAUUAGUGAUCAAACACGACGGCUUCCGACAGAAGCGGGAACGCGGCGGGGGAGAGUCAGAUGAAAGCCGGGAUGGGAAUGAAGGAGGACAGGCGGGAAAUCCUCUGGCAGUCGCGGGCCGAGGCAAAGGUGGCAAAGAACUCAGCCCAUUUCCACACGCCGACGCGUUCAAAUCCACCCGUGCUGGACCGGGGAAAAGGAGGAGGAGGAGGAGGAGGAGGAGGAAAAGGGGAGGGCUGAGGAAGAGGGGGAGAAGGAAAAGAGGAGAGGAGAUGAAGAGGAAAGAGCAAGGGAGGAGGGAGAUAAUAACUAGUUUCUGUGAGAUGGCGAGGCUGGAAAGAGAGGACGCCGGAACAGAAAAACGGCUAUUAAGUCAUCUGGCGGCGCGGCGGAUGCUCACAGGCCUCGAAAAAACGCCGAAGGGGGAGGAGGAGAGAUGGAGAGCGGAGAACGACGCGCUAUUAAGUCGUCUUCCCGCGAAUCGCUGUAAUCGCUGCACGCGGGCGAACGCGGGGGCCGGCCCGCCAACAUCCUCCGAGCGACGUCUCUGCGGGGGUGCGGCGUGUAAUGCGCCGAUUAGCCCCGCCGUCCGGACGCCACGCUGUCUCGCAUCUACGGUCGACCCCGCCGGCGCGGACACGAGGCCGCGACGCAAACAUCAAGACGGAGACCAGCGAGGGCGGGAAGGUAAGACGUGCGGGAAUCCGAGUGAGAUUAGAGCUCAGGAGGCGAGAGUGUGCGAGGCGGCGAUUAGCGGUGUCUCGUCCCCCCGCGGAGACGCAGCGUGCGAACGCCAAAUCCGUCUCUCGCCAUCUCGACACGCGGAAGCAGCAUGCGAUGCAGCGAUUAGCCCUGACCCCCUUUCUUUUAGAGGCCCAGCGUGUGCUCGCAGACGAACGGCGGCGGGACGUCAUCGCCCUUUCGAGGCACAAAAGAUAGAAAGCGAGCCGAGCGUCCCGUCGGGAUGCGCAAACACUACACGCGCCUGCGAGGAUCUUUCACGGGAAGUGAGGUGCGGCGGCAAGAGGAAGUGGACAGAGUGUCUGGAAACCAACGCUUGGAAGAAACGCAAACGAGGACGACGACAAACCAGAAGAGUCGUCGGCUUUGGUUUCAGGAGAACUUCGGACUCAACGGAAACGAGCGACGGAAGCAGCAAAGAGACAAAACCGAGAGACGCCUCACCUGACACGACAGAUAAAGUAUGCCAGGACGCUAACGAUGAGCUGCGCCAAGAUACCGACAACGGCGUCGGCGAUAACGGAAUACUCAACGACACGCGUCCCGAGGACGCCGCUCGUGAAGACGACGUCAUCGAACCUGAACGCCCGCACCGCAGCGCGGAGGCGAAUCCCGACGACUUCUCACCUGACAGGACGGGCGAAGUGCGUCGGGACGCGAACGACACGAGCCAAUCGUCUCGCCUUGAUGACAUCGCGGGACGAUUUAGUCCCCCCUGCGUCGUGCCUGAUGGGCGUCGUGAGAACGUCCGAGGAGUUGGCAUCGACUCCGUCGAUGCGCCUCCUGAGGACGAGACUCGUGAUAAUGUCGUCCCUGACGCCCCCAUUUCAGAAGCCAAACCCCCUCAAAGCGAGGGUGACAAUGACGGUCAGCAUUGCGAGAAGGACAGGUCGCCGGAUGUCUCCUCGCCGAAGGACGAGCGUCCAACCGGCAGGCGUCAGGAGGGCAGGACUGUGGAACUUUUCUACCCAGAGAAAAGGCCUCGUUUCCCCCGUGGCCUCCCUCCAGGGUGUGUCCCCCUCCGGGGGCCUCUCCUCCUACCGGCGCCUUCCUCCUUCUCCUUCCAUCACACCGUCAUCCGGCACCACCUAUCCCUCGUGCCCCCGCCCCUCCCGCUCCCCUCGCACCCCCACCUGCUGCCACCCUUCGCCCCCCACCCCCUCGCUCUAAAUCCACCGCCGCCAUCUUUCUUCGCCUCGCCACCCAUCCAUCUCCUGGACGCUCCGUAUCCCCUGGGGACGGAGUUUCACCCGAUGCUGAGUCGCCACCUCCUGGCGCCCCCCCACCCAGCCGCCCUGCCCUUGCAGGUGUUGUUCUAG